UGUUACCCUUCAUCACGCUUCAACGCUCCUGUUAAGGUCCUACUAGCUACUAUGCUUGGGCUUUUGAAAUAGGCGCUCAAUUUCUUUGCUAGUUCGGUGGUUACCCCGAGUCUGUCACGUUGGCGUCCUUGCGAGGAUUGGGAAGGCUCGCCUUCCACGGAUCACCUCUCCGAACGCAGUGUCGUACGCCCUUGAUUUCGUCAGCUCGACUUGACGCUUCAUCACCCAGCAUUUCCCUAGUUUUCCGUGCCUCAGUUCGAACGUGGAAUCGCGGUGGUAAUUACCUGGCAGACUCGCAACCAGCUCUCCCAGGAGUACAUCUCAUUCCGCCUCCUCCACCGCGCCGCUCCGGCACUCGAUUGCCUGAUUACUACCUUGUCGAACCUAAGAGCAAGAUUGAACUUCCGCCUGAGCCGGCAUUCGCCAAGGCGAUGAAGUACUACUACCAGGUGCUCAGCACCCCAACUGCCGACUCUCCCGGCUCGACUUUUAUCCUCAACUAUCCGAAUCGAAAAUAUCUGUUUGGCCAUGUCGCCGAAGGCACGCAGAGACUGUUUUCAGAGCGCACCCAGUCGCAUUCUUAUUUGACCGAAUUUUUCAUUACCGGCAAGACGGCGUGGAAUACUAAUGGGGGUGUUCUCGGCAUGGUGUUGACUAUGGCUGAUGCGCGGGCCGCGUCGGCUGCAUCGAUGGCCCUGGAGAACGAAGAAAAGCGAAACCGUCGUUUGCGAGACCGAGUAGCCAGAGGUUUACCUCCUGAGCCUGAGCCCGAAAUUGAAUCGACGGAACCUGAAAGACUCACCAUCCACGGCAGUAAAAACUUAAAUCACACGUUAUCGACGGCGCGCAGGUUUAUCUUCAGGAAAAGUUUUCCUGUCAAAGUCCAAGAAUAUGACGCGGCUUCUCUCGCAAGCGCGCGAGAUCAAUCAGCACAGUCCGAUGCUUUUGAAUUUCCCACGUGGUCUGAUGAGAAUAUUAAAGUGUGGGCCAUGCCCUUGAGACCUAGCUAUGAGAAGAGCUUUAAGAAUUCUGUCUCUGGAUUCGGAAGCCCCCGAAAGAGAAGCUUGAAUGAAUUCGAGGAACGUGAGGGUGAGCAAGUAGAGGGUCUUGACCCCAAAGCUAAAGAUGAUAUGCUUCGCGAGAGUAUUGUCAAGGACAUGUUUGACAGUCAAUGGACGCUUGACUCGUUAACGGAACAUAAAUUGGCAAAUGUCACUAUGCCAGCCACCAUUUUCGUCCGCAACCCCGUCACCAAGGACUUGGAGCGAUACAAUGGGCCACUUCCGGGAGGCGAUGAAGCCGUCCCCGAUAUUAAAGUUUUUGUUCGAAAACCCUGGCCUGCUGCGACUGUUGAUAGGCUGCCACCAACAACCCCUGCGACUGAGUCCAUGUGCUAUAUUGUCCGCGGUCAUGACCAAAGAGGGAAGUUUGACCCCAAGAAAGCAAUCGAAGCUGGGGUCCCAAAGGGUCGUGCCUUUGGCGAUCUCACAAAUGGUAUCAGUUACACUACAGAAGAUGGCCGAGUCGUUACCCCCGAAAUGGUUCUUGGACCUCACCGCCCUGGGAAAGGCGUUGCGUUCAUUGACAUACCUUCGAGAGAAUAUAUUGAUGAUUUCAUCUCACGUGCUGAGUGGCAGUCAAAGGCCGUCACAUCUGGCCUAAGCGUUUUCUUCUGGAUUUUAGGUCCCGGUGUUGGAGAAGAUCGCCGAAUUCUCGAUUUUGUUGCUCGAAUGAAAGGCUGCGAGCAUAUUGUUUCUAGUACUGACCACUGCCCUAAUUAUCUGGCUAUGAAGACUGCUGCAAUGUCUUCUCUUCGCCUAGCUCGAAUCAACUCCGAUAAUUUCCAGGUACCGGUCCACGAUAACCACACCCUUCCUCAGACAGGAACGAGGCGUGAGAAUGAAUCCAUCUCUAUAGAGAAGAAGGCUUGGAGAACUUCCGAGCUGGGUCUGAUUGUAGAUAUGGAACCGAAGUUCUCAAUCAAUGAGACGGAGGUAGUCAAUACUCUGAACCCACUUCAGUUCAUCAGCCGAAUUCCACGUGCAGCGGAGCAGCGGCUCAAAAUCAUCCAGCAAAGACUCCGUAAACCCCAUGUCAUCCACAAGGUCAUGGAGAUGCGUGACGGGCUUCCUCCCUUGGCAGAAGAGGCCGAAGUCUUCACACUGGGUACGGGGUCGUCUACCCCUUCCAAACAUCGUAACGUCUCAGCUACGCUGCUGCACGUUCCCGGAAAGGGUUACUAUCUGUUUGACUGUGGCGAGAACACUCUCGGACAGUUGAAAAGGAGUUUUGCGCCAGAUGAGUUACGCGAGGUAAUGGAAAAUCUUCGCGUAAUCUGGAUUAGCCAUUUGCACGCUGACCACCACCUUGGCACGGUGUCCGUUAUCAAAGAGUGGUACAAGGUGAACUACCAAAAACAUCAAUCUGGUUCUAUGCCAAAAGCGGACAGCAUCGAAGAUAUCUUGCGGCAAAAGCGACUGUGCGUGAUUAGCGACGGCAUGUUCAUACAAUGGUUAGAGGAGUAUGCAGGGGUGGAGGAAUUUGGAUUCGAUAUGCUUCUACCUCUUUCAGCCAGUCCAUACUUACAGAGUGGACGCGGUCACAGGACAAGUCUUGUUUAUCGGCACUGUCGACCGGAUGGAACAUACCCCGAUGGAGGCCCUUCGGCCACAACAAUAUAUUUUGACCAGAAAUCUCAUCUCACUGAGCUACUGCAGAAAGCUACUGGCUUGAAAAAUUUCGGCGCGGUACAUGUGAUUCACUGCAAGGGUGCAAUGGCAGUCACUUUUGAAUGGGAGCAAGGUUUCAAGGUUUCCUACUCUGGCGACUGCCGGCCGUCCGUGAAAUUCGCGCAAUUAGGGAAGAACUCCACGUUGCUUAUUCACGAAGCCACGUUCGAAAACGACAUGGUAGGAUCUGCUAUUGCCAAGAAACACAGUACCGCUGCGGAAGCGAUUGAAAUUGGCCGAAGAAUGAAUGCUCGUAUGCUGCUCCUGACUCACUUUAGUCAGAGAUAUGCCAAGCUUUCGAGAGUCGACCCUACAUCCAGGCCAACUGCGCCACCCGAGGGAUUCAUUCCACAACAGGCAUGGCAGCCCGACGUCGCGCCAAAUGACGCUGACGAGCUAGGAGAAGACUUUGAGCAAGGAGAAGACGACAUUACUCUUGACAUGGCCGAAGCAACCGCCGAGCCGCCUGCCCAAGCCAGACCGAUCCCAACAUGCGCUGGCUUCGACUACAUGCGUGUCAAGAUCAGGGACAUCCCCAUUGCUCAGAUGUUUGCGCCAGCAUUCGAGAGGCUGGUCCAACGUCUCGACCAGGCUUCGGUCGAGGAAGCAGAAAAGGAAAAGCAGAAGCGUGAAGGCGCACUUACAAAGAACCCUAAGUAUAUAGCGAAGAUGAAAGCGAAGCAGAAAUGGAGCAUACCUGCUGAGGCUGCCGCUGCGCAAGCUGAGGACCAGCCUGCUAAACCGUCGGCUUGGAGUGCCAGUGAGUCGGAGAGUGGGUGGUCUGACGCUGACAGCGAGGGCGAGAAUGAGAAAGAGAACCCAUGAUCUAGUCGGUGCAUAGAUAUUAAGGCGUUUAUUUAUAUACCUCCACUUGUACAAUAUAUUUGCAUUCUCAUGGGUUGUUGGGAGACUUUUAUUAACUACAUGUACUAUAUUAUUACAUACUGCCUUGGUCUAAUUCUAACUCUCAAUACAUGUAUUGAAGAUCCAACAUUUACUAAGAUCCAAUCGAAGCUACA